AUAAACAUUAGAGAAAGAUUAAAUGCUAUCCUAAAUGGAGUCAAAGAAGGGAAAUACAUGGAGGAAUUUGAAAAGUACUAUCACAAGGAUGUUGUGAUGAUUGAUACCGGUGAUACAACCAACCGUGUUGGUAAAGAACAAAAUAGAAAGACUGAACAAACGUUCUAUGACAACUCUGUUCUCCAUGAAGUCAAGGUGAAUAAGAUUCUAGUAGAUGGAAACAACUCUGCCUAUGAGAUAUACAUGCACUUCACGAAUGGUGGUGUCAAUACCAAGUGGCUUGUUUGGUCCAUUCAAGAAUGGAAGGAUGGUUUGAUCAUUAAGGAAGAGUUUUGGAUCCCUGGCAAAAAAGUAAAU